AUGGGCCAAGGGGACGAAAGCGAGCGCAUCGUGAUCAACGUGGGCGGCACGCGCCACCAGACGUACCGCUCGACGCUGCGCACGCUGCCCGGCACGCGGCUCGCCUGGCUGGCGGAGCCCGACGCCCACAGCCACUUCGACUAUGACCCGCGCGCAGACGAGUUCUUUUUCGACCGCCACCCCGGCGUCUUCGCGCACAUCCUGAACUACUACCGCACGGGCAAGCUGCACUGCCCGGCCGACGUGUGCGGGCCACUCUACGAGGAGGAGCUGGCCUUCUGGGGCAUCGACGAGACCGACGUGGAGCCCUGCUGCUGGAUGACUUACCGCCAACACCGCGACGCCGAGGAGGCGCUGGACAGCUUCGGCGGCGCGCCCCUGGACAACAGCGCGGACGACGCGGACGCCGACGGCCCCGGCGACUCAGGCGACGGCGAGGACGAGUUGGAGAUGACCAAGCGCCUGGCGCUCAGCGACUCCCCAGACGGACGGCCUGGCGGCUUCUGGCGCCGCUGGCAGCCGCGCAUCUGGGCCCUCUUCGAGGACCCCUACUCAUCCCGCUACGCGAGGUAUGUGGCCUUUGCCUCCCUGUUCUUCAUCUUGGUCUCCAUCACCACCUUCUGCCUGGAGACCCACGAGCGCUUCAACCCCAUCGUGAACAAGACGGAGAUCGAGAACGUGCGGAACGGCACGCAAGUGCGCUACUACCGGGAGGCGGAGACAGAGGCCUUCCUCACCUACAUCGAGGGCGUCUGCGUGGUCUGGUUCACCUUCGAGUUCCUCAUGCGUGUGGUCUUCUGCCCCAACAAGGUGGAGUUCAUCAAGAACUCGCUCAACAUCAUCGACUUUGUAGCCAUCCUCCCUUUCUACCUGGAGGUGGGCCUGAGCGGCCUCUCCUCUAAGGCCGCCAAGGAUGUGCUGGGCUUCCUGCGCGUCGUCCGCUUCGUGCGUAUCCUGCGCAUCUUCAAGCUGACCCGCCACUUCGUGGGCCUGCGGGUCUUGGGCCACACUCUGCGAGCCAGCACCAAUGAGUUUUUACUGCUCAUCAUCUUCCUGGCUCUGGGUGUCCUGAUCUUCGCCACCAUGAUCUACUAUGCCGAGAGGAUAGGGGCGCAGCCCAAUGACCCCAGCGCCAGUGAGCAUACCCACUUUAAGAACAUUCCCAUUGGCUUCUGGUGGGCUGUGGUCACCAUGACGACGCUGGGCUACGGAGACAUGUACCCGCAGACGUGGUCCGGCAUGUUGGUGGGAGCGCUGUGUGCGCUGGCGGGUGUGCUGACCAUCGCCAUGCCUGUGCCCGUCAUCGUGAACAAUUUCGGGAUGUAUUACUCCUUAGCCAUGGCUAAGCAGAAACUACCAAAGAAAAAAAAGAAGCAUAUUCCGCGGCCACCGCAGCUGGGAUCUCCCAAUUAUUGUAAAUCUGUCGUAAACUCUCCACAUCACAGUACUCAGAGUGACACAUGCCCGCUGGCCCAGGAAGAAAUUUUAGAAAUUAACAGAGCAGAUUCCAAACUGAAUGGGGAGGUGGCGAAGGCCGCGCUGGCGAACGAAGACUGCCCCCACAUAGACCAGGCCCUCACUCCCGAUGAGGGCCUGCCUUUUACGCGCUCGGGCACCCGCGAGAGAUACGGACCCUGCUUCCUCUUAUCAACUGGGGAGUACGCGUGCCCACCUGGUGGAGGAGUGAGAAAGGAUCUUUGCAAAGAAAGCCCUGUCAUUGCUAAGUAUAUGCCGACAGAGGCUGUGAGAGUGACUUGA